AGUUCAGCGCCACAUUGCUUGGUUAUUGCAUUCAGCCGGAUAUCAUUGUAGCCCUGCGUUAAAAUUAAAAUUAUUAUUAUUACCUUGUUAUUUCCUUACCUAUAGUCUAUGGUUAAAAUACAUUAACAUAACAUGAAUGUUUAAAUGCCCCUUUUCUGGGAGGCUUUCUGUUAGGCAACGUACAGCGUGCAACCGGAAGAUGGGUGCGCGAGAGACUUAUUUCUCAAGACGACCAUGGCGGGUCGAAAGACGUCUCAAAGGACAUCUUCAAACUUUGAAAUCAGUGAUUCUGACGAUGAAAAUGAAGAAAUAUCCAAAGUUAUUAGGAAUCUGGAUGCUAAGCUUCAAGAGAAAGAGAGCCGUGAGCCGGCGCUUCAAUGGCGAAAACGAGACCAAUUUGGGAGGCUGAUUGGAAAGAGUCACGGUUCAUCAAAAAUGUACUCCUCCACACGUCAGGCACAGUCAUCAAAUAUUGGUGAAGAACAUGUGGAAGACGGCACAGGCCCAUUGACCUCUGAGUUACAAGAGACCCACAACAUGAUUGACCUUCAUAUACAGGAGCUGCAGCAAAUGCUCGAUGCAGUUGGGGAGGAUGUUGCCGGAGGCUCCACAGAAGCCUCAUCCUCUUCAUCUCAAACAUGGAGCAGCAUACCGACUACCACCAAAUACAUGAAAAAAGCAAGACGCACCGACAUGAUAACUCUUCAUGCUCGUGGUUGGAACAUGGGAAAGGUGAAAGUCUUGCACAGAUACCUCGCCAAAAGAUAUGUCAAGUCUAAGCAGAGGGCAGUUGCUGUGGGCGAGGAACUCCAAAACCUUUUGACGACAAUGCAGACAACUCAAGUGGAGAUGAAGCAGUGGGUGAAGGAGGUUGAGGAGUGGGCUGCAUCCAGUCCAAAGUCCACCAAUUGCCAGGACCAACAGGGGCUGCAGCGGGUCAUGGAGGGCCUUGUCCUAAAGAUCAAGCAGCGUAAAGCUGAGCUGUACAGAGACAUAGAUCGCAGGCCAAAACGGGACCUUAUUGCGAAGGAGAAACACAAACUGGAGGAGUCAAUUGCUUCGUACAACAGUCUUGUACCUGACACGGCGGCUGUUGAUACAGCAGAUGCCAUUCUGAGUCAGGAAUUCCCCAUUUGGCCAUGGGAUUCUGCAUCCACAAUCCCCCUCGAGACCAAGAAGGUGGUUUUUGACAAAACCAUGCUGCUGUCUCGACUCCAGGAAGAGGAUGGGAUUCUCAUUAAGGAGAUGAGGAACCACUGCCGCUACCUGACUGGAUCCUCAAAAGCGGUCAAAAGAGAGAUCCAUCAGAUUGAGGAGGACCUGUCUAAACACAGCUCUCCUCCUCCUAACAUGUCCUUGCAGGCCUAUGAGGGGCUGAAGUGCUUGUUGCAACAAAACUCCAGGGGUUGA